GCGCGCACACGGCUCUCCGAAACCGCGCGGCGUCGUCGACGAGCCGCCUCUCGCAAUCAACUCGCGACAAACGAAACAAAAACGCAUCGCGCGAUUAAUACACGCAGCGGAUCAACGCGGAGCGGUGCGAAUAUUGUGCGCUGGAAGAAAAAUGUGCUUGCGGCGGGCGGCGGCCGCCGGUGGUGUGAGCCGCGAUCGUCAACUGUUUCCGUCGUUGUCACGGCAACUGUCAACAAAUUAAUCGCGACCAUCUUUUCACGCACACGAUUUCCAUUUGUUUCGGUUCAAACAAGUGCAGCAAUCGCUUGGAUUACACACAUUUAACCAACAAAACAAGAGUUUUAAGUUGUAUCAUAAGUUUCUAAUAAGUUCCAAUUGUUGUUAAUGUGAUUUUCCGCGACCAACCAGCUUAAAUGAACGCUUGGUUCAGCUCAGGUGGUACGUUAUUAAGUGCAGGCACGAUUUCGUCACCGUGGACAGCGGUCACAGGACCCGCGGCCGAUGCGAAUGGCCCGGGUCCGGACACGAAAAACCUCGAUGUCGGGGACAUGAGCGAUGACGAAAAAGAUAUGGCGGCGGCCGACGCCGAAGGUGUCUGGAGUCCGGACAUCGAGCAGUCCUUCCAGGAGGCGUUGGCCAUAUACCCGCCAUGCGGCCGACGGAAAAUCAUUCUCUCCGAUGAAGGGAAAAUGUAUGGACGCAACGAGCUCAUCGCGAGGUACAUCAAACUGCGGACGGGGAAGACGCGCACGCGGAAACAAGUCAGCAGUCACAUACAGGUUCUUGCCCGCCGGAAAUUACGGGAGAUUCAAGCCAAACUAAAAGUGCAAUUUUGGCAACCUGGACUUCAGCCGGGCACGUCUCAAGAGGAACAUUUUAGUGUGAAACCCUUCUCUCAAAGUACCUAUCCUGGUGGGAAACCGGCAACGGCGGUAUCCAGCGGGGAGGUGGGCGCGUUACAAGCGCCGCCCCCGCCGCCGUGGGAAGGCCGCGCGAUUGCCACGCACAAAUUGCGGUUGGUUGAGUUUUCCGCCUUUAUGGAGUCUACCAAUCGGGAGGAAUCAGUGGGCAGCAAAGACGAGUACCAGAGGCAUCUCUUUGUUCACAUUGGCGGGCCCGCCAUUACCUAUUCGGAUCCACUGCUGGAGGCCGUUGAUGUGCGACAAAUCUACGACAAAUUCCCGGAGAAGAAGGGCGGUCUCAAGGAGCUCUACGACAAGGGCCCGCAGAACGCCUUCUUCCUUGUCAAAUUCUGGGCGGAUCUCAAUACGAACGUGCAGGACGAGGCCGGUGCUUUCUACGGUGUUACAAGCUCGUAUGAAAGUAAUGAAAAUAUGACAAUAACGUGUAGCACAAAGGUGUGCUCGUUCGGCAAGCAGGUCGUAGAGAAGGUUGAGACGGAAUACGCGCGAUAUGAAAACGGACGGUUUGUUUAUCGCAUUCACCGGUCACCGAUGUGUGAAUACAUGAUUAAUUUCAUCCACAAGUUGAAGCAUCUGCCUGAAAAGUACAUGAUGAACAGCGUGCUGGAAAACUUUACGAUAUUACAAGUGGUGAGUAAUCGUGACACGCAGGAGACGUUGCUCUGCACGGCGUACGUGUUUGAGGUGUCGACAUCCGAACACGGCGCCCAGCAUCACAUCUAUCGACUAGUGAAAGAUUAGUAGUGUAAGCGCCGAAUUCCACCCACCACCUCCCCCGAAACACGUACAACGGCGAAGUCCUACUAACGCACCUCUCCGCCCGUUCGAUGUAUGUACUCUAUUUAUGGAUACGAUGUAAGGAAUCAAAUAACAAAUAAGGAUAAACUUUAACAAAAAGAAGAAAUCAAGACGAUGGCGAUCCAGGAUGCCAAUCGCCGUCGCUCGACAGCCUGACACGCAGUGCCUAAUUACACACACCUUUAUUAUAAAAGAAUGAUAGUAUUAAUGAAUUAGUUUACUGAUGUGCGCCAUAUGGAAAACUAUGAUCCAUGGAGACGAAUUGAUAUCUUAUAUAGAGAGAGAGAAAAAAACGCGUGAAAUUAUGAAUGGUAAUCUCAGUCGCCAACAAUCGGCAUCGUACUUUUUAUUAGUUUAUUGUGAAUUUUAUUUAUUUUACACAACCGGAACCGAUAUUUUUUUACGACGAGAGAACACAUAUCUGUACUUACAAAUAUCAGCAAGUUUUGUGCAAUUUUUACACACACUUUUUGUUUGUAUCGAGAGAAACAAAUUACGAUGAUGAAUGUGAAUGUGAGGUAGCUCGAAUACGGAAACACUUGGCCGAACCAAUGAAAUUGGUUGUGAGGGAAAUUGCAGCUGAAAUUGUCCUGGAUGUAGACGUAGCAGAUAAACAGAAUUUACACGGUUGGGGAGAGAGAACUUUUCUAAAUUUAAAUGUAUUAUUAAGAAUUUAUUGCAAUCGCCGGAGUAGAAGACAAUGAUACUGAAACGGAUUGCAGAUGACAAUAAUUCGAUCAAUAACAAUUAAACAAUAAACCAAGCGACGGAGCACAGGUUGUAAGGUGUAAAUUGUAAUGUUGCCGCCGGAAUAAGCGCAAAUAUCCAAACACACACGCUACAAAAGAUACGAUACAGAAAGAGAAAAACAAGGAUACUGACAAAAAUUACAACAAAAUUAAACAUUUCGCUAUUAAUACAUAUUUAUGUGAUGAUUUUAUAUACAUAGAUUUAUAUAUAAAUUAUAUAAAAUAGAUAUAUUACGAUUAUAAUUAAUGAAAUGAUGAUUGAAGCGAAUGCGCAACUGAAAAAUGAGAACAUGACCAAGACGUAUAUCAACACUUUUGGAGCGAACAGUAUUGGCGGUUUAAUUAAUUGUUUAAUGCGAUUCCUGGCUUUGUGUUCAUCAAAUCUUGGUUUUAAUUUUGCCGAGCAGCGAAAGUGUACUUUAAAUAAUUUUUUGCUAAAGUUUAUUUGAUAAAUGUUACGCGAGUACCUUUUUUAGCGGAUAAUGUAAGCGACUAGCAGCAAUUCUAGAUGAUGAUGAUGAUGCGGAGGAGAAGAUGAUUACAUGAUGAUAAUCGUAUUAGACUUUUGCUAUUAAUUUUAGAUUCAGCGCAGAAUAAUAUAUCGUACUGAGAGUUUCGUUGCAAUAGUAUUUUUUACACGCAAAUUUGGUGCAAUCUUCCGUGGUCUAAUCGAAAUUGAGAUGUUAAUCAACGUGAAGAUGAUAGAUAAACUGAGAUUGAAGUUUUGAUUAUUGAUUGGUACUCAGAUUUUAUCGAUAUGUAUAACAUAUGAUUUUAUUGCGAUCAAUCUCGUAACGUUUUGUGGCAAUGAUUUUUUUGUUUUCUUUUUUUCUUUGAUUUUUAUUUAAUUUUAUUUUCUACAUAUUCAGUUCGUUUACACAAUGAAUUAAUAAGAUAUCGAUUUAUUAUUUUUGAUCUCUAAUUGUAGUCGGAUUAAUGUUUAAUUAUAUUUUUCGGCAGUGCAUAAUUUAGUUUGUAAGCGAGCGAACGAGAAAAAGUACUUUUAUACGAUGUGUAUUUUUAAAAAAUCGGCCAUUUUAUUAUUAUUACAGACUUAGCGUUAGUAUCUAAGUUCGAUUACAGAUUUACGUUUAUCGAUUAUGUAAGCAAUUGAUUAUGUCCUAGGUUAAUUAAAGAGCGCAUCAACUACUAUAUAGCAGCAGCACCGAAUCAACGACUACAUGCUAGAUCUUUUGUGUAAAUACCGAUUUUUGUAAAAUUCGUAAAACACACACACACACACACGCAAACAAACCAACAAUUUUCGUGGCGGCUUAAAUGAUAAUGAGGGACGAUUUUUAAAACGAUUCGAUGAUUCGUUACGAUGUUGAGCUACCAUAUCACCGGUUGCCAUAUCAUGUAAUUACAUAAAAAUGUAGAUGAAUUGGACGAAAACAAAAUACGAUUAUUAUAUUAUUACGAAAGAAAUUAAUACAAGAAGCGAUUGAAGAAUUAUUCUAUACUUCUCGAUCUUUUAUCUGUAUGUGUACAGUAUUUUAAAUGAAAUUGAUAUAAAAAAUAAGAAAUU